CAAGAAAUGUGGAUUCCUGAUUGGUCUAAAUUUCCCCGCGAAAUUUACGUCACUGUCAGUUUCGUGCCACCACUGACGACAGGAGAUAUCACAGAAGAUUUGAUUCGAGAUGUCUUCACCAUCAUCAUCUCAGAGCGGGCAUAAGAGAGACCCUCCAACCCCUGCAAGCGAGGACCCUCUCUCCCCACCGUCCCAGCGCUCUAGAGCCCAUGACACGUCCACAGAGCUGCAGCCCAUGCCCACAUCUCCGGCCAUGGACACCCAGAGUUCAGCCGCACAGGACAUGUCGCUGUUCUCCAGUCCUGUGGCCCAUCGCUCUGUCCUGCAGAGUGAGAUUGAUGCAAGUUCCCCGCUGAUGUAUGGCACUCCCAGCUCCAGGGUCGAAGGAACUCCCCGCAGCGGAAUACGCGGCACUCCGGCCCGUCAGAGGGCUGACCUGGGAUCAGUGCGGAAAGCUCCGCAGGUUGACAUGCACUCGGAACUGCCAUCUGGAGAUGCAGCGGCUGGCAGUGAGCAGGGAGUGGGACAGAGACUCGUGAUCUGGGGGACUGAUGUCAAUGUGGGAACCUGCAAGGAGAAGUUUCAGCGUUUCCUUGAGCGCUUUACUGACCCCAACUCCAGAGAGGAGGAGAGUGCUGGUCUGGAUCUGAAUGAGCCUCUAUACAUGCAGAAACUGGAUGAGAUCAGUGUUGUUGGAGAACCUGUAUUGAAUGUGAACUGCAGUCAUAUUCAAACAUUUGAUGCUGAUCUGUACCGUCAGCUUAUCUGUUAUCCACAGGAAGUCAUUCCAACCUUUGACAUGGCAGUCAAUGAGCUGUUCUUCGAUCGAUUUCCAGACUCCGUUUUGGAGCAUCAGAUUCAAGUGCGUCCGUACAGCGCGAUAAAAACCAGAAACAUGCGCGCACUCAAUCCUGAAGAUAUUGACCAGCUCAUCACUAUCAGUGGAAUGGUGAUCCGCACCUCUCAGCUAAUCCCGGAGAUGCAGGAGGCGUUUUUCCGCUGUCAGGUAUGUGCGUUCAACACACGCGUGGAGGUGGACCGCGGGCGGAUUGCUGAACCUGCCGUCUGCCGGAACUGCAACACUACUCACAGCAUGGCACUGGUUCAUAAUCGCUCUGCUUUCUCCGACAAACAAAUGAUAAAAUUACAGGAGUCUCCAGAGGACAUGCCUGCGGGUCAGACACCUCAUACCACAGUCCUAUACGCGCACAACGACUUGGUGGACAAAGUGCAGCCCGGAGACAGAGUGAACAUAACUGGUAUUUACAGAGCAGCACCCAUGCGUCUAAACCCCCGACAGAGCCAGGUGAAGUCUGUGUACAAGACGCACAUUGACGCCAUUCACUUCCGUAAAACAGACGAGAGACGUCUUCAUGGUCUGGAUGAAGAUGGCGAGCAGAAACUCUUCACCAAAGAGCGAGUCGCAGUGCUCAAAGAACUAGCCGCAAAACCUGACGUCUAUGAACGCCUCUCCUCCGCUUUGGCACCUAGCAUCUAUGAACAUGAAGACAUUAAGAAAGGCAUCCUCUUGCAGUUAUUCGGUGGAACCCGUAAGGACUUCACUCAAACGGGUCGUGGAAACUUCCGUGCCGAGAUCAACAUCCUGCUUUGCGGUGAUCCAGGCACUAGCAAGUCCCAGUUGCUCCAGUACGUGUAUAACCUCGUUCCACGUGGGCAGUACACAUCCGGGAAGGGUUCCAGUGCCGUGGGUCUCACAGCCUAUGUGAUGAAGGAUCCAGAAACCCGACAGCUGGUACUGCAGACGGGAGCGCUCGUGCUCAGCGAUAACGGCAUCUGCUGCAUCGACGAGUUUGACAAGAUGAGCGACAACACACGAUCAGUGCUGCAUGAAGUUAUGGAGCAGCAGACACUCUCGAUUGCCAAGGCUGGAAUAAUUUGCCAGCUCAACGCUCGAACCUCCAUCCUCGCAGCAGCCAAUCCAGUGGAGUCUCAGUGGAACCCCAAAAAGACGACCAUUGAGAACAUCCAGCUUUCUCAUACAUUGCUGUCCAGGUUUGAUUUAAUCUUCCUGAUGCUGGACCCUCAGGAUGAGGCGUAUGACAGACGUCUUGCCCAUCACCUGGUGGCUCUGUAUUAUCAGAGUGAAGACCAAAUUGAAGAGGAAUAUCUGGACAUGGCUGUGCUGAAAGACUACAUCGCUUUUGCUCGAACAUCUGUCCACCCCAGACUUUCUGAGGAGGCUAGUCAGGCCCUAAUUGAGGCGUAUGUAGACAUGCGCAAGAUCGGCAGUGGGAGGGGUAUGGUGUCUGCAUAUCCCCGUCAGCUGGAGUCACUCAUCAGAUUGGCUGAAGCUCACGCUAAAGUGCGUUUCUCCAAUAAAGUUGAGUCCAUCGAUGUGGAAGAAGCCAAGAGACUUCACAGAGAGGCACUGAAACAGUCUGCAACUGAUCCCAGAACAGGAUUUGUGGACAUCUCUAUUCUCACCACAGGCAUGAGCGCUACAGCACGCAAGCGUAAAGAGGAAGUGGCCCAGGCCCUGAAGAAACUCAUUCAGUCAAAGGGCAAAACGCCAGCUAUGAAGUACCAGCAGCUGUUUGAUGAUCUUCGUGGCCAGUCAGAGGCUGCCAUCACUAAGGACAUGUUUGAUGAGGCACUUCGGGCACUUGCUGAUGAAGAUUAUCUGACCAUCACAGGAAAGACUGUCCGACUGCUGUAAACACCCUUCGCUGCUGCUUCCUUUUUCAUUAUGUUGCUUAUUCAAUUCUGUGUCUCUAGAGCAAUAUUUGUUAAUAGCAAUGAUAUGUAUGAAUCAUUUUCUGGUUGCAAUAAAUACGUUUUGUUGAUCAAAA